GCUUCGGCGCCGGGACAGGCUGCUCAGCAAGCGGCGGACUCGGGCCGGGAGGGACCCUCGCUGAAGUGAAUGUAAGCCGGUUAAGGCCGGCGUGCUUGGCCAGCAUGUCCGGCGAGCUGACCCAAAGUGUCCUCAAGAGAAUAAUCCGCCAGGUGGGCCUGGAGUGCGCUGCCCAGGGACAAAGCCUCUCGGAAACCUUGGUGGCCUUCAUGGUGAAAGCUGUUGUGUUAGAUCCAAGAAAUGAUUUUAAUAUGGAUCGAACCCUUACAGAAAACGAUAUGCAGGAUCUUAUCCAGCUCUGUGUUACCAGACUGCUUGACACAACAAACCCAUCCCUAAGCACAAUUAAGAUGCAAGUUUACUUUGAUAUGAACUAUGCAAACCGAGAUGAAUUACUGAGUGAGCAGGAGCGUGUUCUGGAAGGAAAACUGGCUCCUGUAGUUAGAACCAUCAUUGAGAGUGGUCCACAUACGCAAGAAGAAAUGGAGAAUGUAUAUCAAAAGAUUGUUGCCUGUGUGCUGCUGAGAUCUGGCCUGGGAUCCCCAACAGAUAUUGAGGCUGUCAGGGAGGUAACAGCUGCCUUGCAGAGUAUAUUCCCCCAGACAGAAAUGAUUACUUUCAUCUCACUCAGUAAGAAGGACAAAGAACAACAGCUGAAAGAUCUUGCCAUGCUAGUGACAGGAAUUCGUUUGUACAACAAGCAGUGCCAGAAAGGAGGAAGCUGCAUUGAUGACUUGCCAGGCAUCCUGAGCGAAGCUAUUCCCUCGGCUACACGGACUCUGGAUGAGCAUCUGAACUCCUGCCAGCUGCUGGCCCACCGCUACACAGCCCUGCUGGAGGCCAUGCAACAGGACCCCCAGAGGUUCUCCCACCUUAGGUUUCUUAAAUUAAAAGAAGCACUGUUCAAUGUGAGACAGUACGAAGCCUUCCUUUGCAUCCUUCAGUCUAAUGCAAUUACAAGUGCUCAAGAAGUUGAAUCGUUGGAUGUUCAGUUUGAAGCAGCAAUGAUGUUAUUGAAAAACACAGUGCAGGAUAGGACUUCCAUAGAGUCCAGAGAAGUUUUUCCUCUGUUUAUGGAACUUUCUAAGCUUUGGACCGGCUUUCAGGAUGAAAUGCUACUGCUAAGCUUCCUCACAAAUAUGGCUGACAAUCUGCAACAAUUCUUGGAAAUCCAGUCACAGCUUUUUCCAGAGGAAAUGCUAACAUCUCUUCUGGAAGGAGUGACUGUGAAAAGUGAUGAGGAAAGGAUAAAAGAAACCAUGGAAACCAGAGUGAAUGUUUCUGAUUUCACGAACCAAGAAUGGCUUUUUCCAGAGACUACUGAUAACUUUGAUCAGUUGCUGAUCCAGUACCAUGGUUUCUGUGCACAUUCAAUUGGUGUGAAAGGUAUCACCGUACCAGGAAAUCCUGCUAUUGGAAUUUUGAAGCACAAGGAGAAAUACUAUGUAUUCAGUUCAAAAGAAGAUGCAUACAUUUUUGCUGAAGAUCCAGAUAAGUUCAUUCAAUUGAAUAUAGAAAAAGCAAAAAAAUAUGCAGAGCUAAUUCAACUGCUUGAGCUCCAUCAUCAGUUUGAAUACCUUGUUCCACAUACACAGGCCAGAAAGGCAAGCAAAGGUUCGAUGAAACCACCCCUAAAACGUGAGAGUGGUACUCAAACUGAUACUCAUAUCUUGCCUCCAACUAUUGUGAGAUCCUAUGAAUGGAAUGAAUGGGAACUGAGAAGAAAAGCUAUAAAAUUGGCCAACUUGCGCCGCAUGUUAACUCAUUCCAUGCAGACUGAUCUCAGCCACAUGAGAAGGGAGAACUGCACCCAAGUGUACCUGCCAAAAGAUGCUGGCACCCAGACUAAGCGUGACAACUCAAGCAAUGUACCCAAACCCCAGAUUUUCUUGAAAGGUCUCCGAGGAGGAUCAUCUCCCACUACUCGUAUGGUUGCAGUAGACUUAACAAGACCACUGGAUGAAACUUAAGUGAAAAUGAGAAACCUGAAGCUGCAUCUUGAAUGUGUAUAUAAAAAUCCCUGAAUAUAUGUGAAUUUAGACACUAAAGAUUUUGCUGUGUCUGUUGAUUACAGGAACAGUUGGUCUGUUUUGUUUAUCUUAUCUGUAGGGACUGCUGACUGGCAUUAAAUGACAGAAGUGAUAAGCCUGAAGCACAGAUUUUAAAUAGCAGUUUAGAAUCAAGAUGUUCCCAAGGACUUUCACUUCCAACAUUUAAAUAUGUAGCAUUCUGGGAUUUUACUGAAGUUUUAAUGCAACAAUUUGCUUGUUGAAAUACUGUCUUUAAGUGAAAAAACUUACCCUAGGAGAGUCACUCAAAUGCAACAGCUCCAGCCUUAGAGCAGAAUUGUCAAGAAGGCAAAACCAACAAAAUGAAACCAGUCUGGGUCUUUGGGCCUGUCUGCUUGUGCUGGCAUUAACCCAACCCAAUGAGUGCAGACCAAGGCUGGGAGGUUGAGAAGAGGGCUUCUGUCUUGGGUGGUUCUGGCACCUUUUUAGGUCUCUAGCAAUUUCUUGGCUAAACAGUGUACUGGUGAGCACACUGCAAACCAUAGGAACUUGACUUCAGGGGACCUUUUUGAAAGCUGUUUUGCUUGUGUUUGAAAAACUAAAGCACAACAGAGAAAAAGUUUUCAGCUUUAUGUCACUGUGGCAAAGAAUUAUGUGCCAGGUCUGAUCAAUGCAACUGCAGAUGGUAUUUCUGUUUGUGAAAACACAAAUUAUUUGAGCUUCAGGAUGAAACAUCUUCUCAAAUGGAAAUGGGGUACUUUAAAACUGAGAUUUUUUUGAUGACAAUAAAGACUUCCUCAAGCUGCUGUCUGCACAAUGUCCAGGUGCACAACUGUGAUUGCAAAGGGCAUGCUAAGGUUUCUAAAUAUCUUUUUUUUGUGUGUGCAUUGUGAUGCAGUGUGGUUUCCUGGCUCGUAGCUAGACAAGAUUGUGACAAUGAAGAUUCAAGCUGCUGAGUGAUUUUUCUGUGGCAUUGUGCAGGAUAGCACUCUCUUGUUGUUUUCCAGGGUAUUUGGUUUCACUUUUAAAAGUUUCUCAACAGGGACUAAUCCCCAAAGCAUUAUUUAAAAAAAUCAAAGGAGUGUGAGGGGAGCACUAAGAAAGAACUUUGCUAAAUUGUUUUUGACUACAUGAUUUUCUCUGUUGGGAAAAUAAACUAAGCAGCAGCAGCUAGAUGUGCUGCUCCUCCAUGUUUUUAAAUUAUG